UGUAUCUUUUGAAUUCUUUAUCGUAACGGUUAAAUAAUUAUAUCUGAUCAUACCUGUUGUGUCGCUUAAAUAUAACUAUUCUUAAACAUAACUUUCCAACGAAAGAAGUAAUAAUAUCUUGAUAUAUUUGCUACUUGAUUAAACAAGUACUACAAAAAUUUAAGUUGUUACUGAAGAUGAACUUAAAUUUAAUUGCGGCAGCAUGUGAAGGGAUGGGUAUUGGUGUAAAAGGAACGUUACCAUGGAGACUUAAAAGUGAAAUGGCAUUCUUUACGUCUAUGACAACGAAUACGAAAGAUCCAAAUAAAAAGAAUGUUGUUUUAAUGGGACGAAGGACGUGGGAAUGUAUUCCAAAGAAGUACAAACCAUUAAACAAUCGAAUAAACAUAGUACUUACGUCACAGCCUUUAGAUUACGGGGACGAUGCGAUAGUAUGCAAUAGUAUUCCACAUGCUCUCGAAGUUAUUAAAAAACCUACAUUAAAAGAUGAAGUCGAAGGUAUAUGGGUAAUAGGUGGAAGUUCCGUAUACAAGGCAGCAAUGGAAUCUCCGAAUUUUCACCGAUUAUAUUUGACAAGAAUAAAAAAACAUUUUGUCUGUGAUACCUUCUUCCCAGCUAUUCCUAAUAAUUUUGUUUUGGUAGGUGAUCCUAACAUUCCUCAGGGAGUUCAAGAAGAAAAUGAUAUACAAUUCGUAUAUGAAGUGUAUGAAAAAAAAUAAACUUUUGUAUCUGAAAA